UUUUAUAAUUUUAAAGAAUGGAAUGAUUGUGAAUGUUGUGAAAAUUUUAUUAUGAUUGAAGCAGAGGCAUUGUUUGGUGGUGCUGGAAAAGUUUCUGCAAGGAAAUGGAUGGGAGAAUGACUAAAGCUGCAGAGACAGGAAACGUUGACGAACUUGAAAGGUUGAUGAGAGAAGACAUAUUGGUGCUGGAUAGUAUUGCCUUGCUUGGAGCUCAAACUCCUCUACACAUUGCAUCAAUGUGUGGUCACGUUUCUUUCGUACAAAAAAUGUUGGAACUGAAGAAGCAAUUUGUGUAUGAAGUCAACCAAGAUGGGUAUACUCCCAUGCACCUGGCCUCUGCCAAUGGCCAUGUUCAGGUCGUGCUUGAGCUUCUCAAAGUUGACCAUCAACUGUGUCACAUUCAGGGGAGGGAGGGAACCCUUCCUCUCCACUGUGCCUCUGUCAAAGGAAGGAUCCAUGUUAUGACGGCGUUGCUCUCUGCUGCUCCACUCACUGUUCAAAGCAAAACGGCCAGAGGGGAAACUCCGCUUCAUAUUGCGGUAAAAAACAACCACUUUGAUGCUGUUAAGUUGCUGUUGGAACACGCAAAGGGAUGGAAGAUAGAAGGAGAAGUGUUGAAUGACAAAGACAACCAAGCAAAUACUGUCUUGCAUCUCGCUGCGUCAAGGAAGCAAUACCAGAUAGUUGAUCUGUUGUUGGUUGAGGAUGAUGUUGCGAAAGAAGUGAUGGUGGUGAAUCCGGUGAACGAGAGAGGAAUGACCCCUCUUGAUGUUCUUACGGUAUUCCAAAGCGAAGCCGGUGAUUUAGAAAUUUACAGAAGCCUUGUGAAAGCAGGAGCUAAGAGUGGAAAGGACAAUGAGAAUGAGAAUGAGAAUAAAGCUGGUAGAAUAGGGCAACCCUUGGAAGUGGAGAUCGUUCAUGGAACCCAUGUUCCUCCAAGGAACUGCACUGAUGAAGAAUCAAAUCUACCUAAAAGAACUUUUGAGGAGUUAUUUGCAUACAAACCUAACAGGGAUUCUACAAAUGAUGUGCGUACUAUACUGGUAACCGUAGNGGAGGGAACCCUUCCUCUCCACUGUGCCUCUGUCAAAGGAAGGAUCCAUGUUAUGACGGCGUUGCUCUCUGCUGCUCCACUCACUGUUCAAAGCAAAACGGCCAGAGGGGAAACUCCGCUUCAUAUUGCGGUAAAAAACAACCACUUUGAUGCUGUUAAGUUGCUGUUGGAACACGCAAAGGGAUGGAAGAUAGAAGGAGAAGUGUUGAAUGACAAAGACAACCAAGCAAAUACUGUCUUGCAUCUCGCUGCGUCAAGGAAGCAAUACCAGAUAGUUGAUCUGUUGUUGGUUGAGGAUGAUGUUGCGAAAGAAGUGAUGGUGGUGAAUCCGGUGAACGAGAGAGGAAUGACCCCUCUUGAUGUUCUUACGGUAUUCCAAAGCGAAGCCGGUGAUUUAGAAAUUUACAGAAGCCUUGUGAAAGCAGGAGCUAAGAGUGGAAAGGACAAUGAGAAUGAGAAUGAGAAUAAAGCUGGUAGAAUAGGGCAACCCUUGGAAGUGGAGAUCGUUCAUGGAACCCAUGUUCCUCCAAGGAACUGCACUGAUGAAGAAUCAAAUCUACCUAAAAGAACUUUUGAGGAGUUAUUUGCAUACAAACCUAACAGGGAUUCUACAAAUGAUGUGCGUACUAUACUGGUAACCGUAGCUGCACUUAUGAUGACAGCAACCUAUCAGGCUGUGCUUAGUCCCCCUGGAGGAGUGUGGCAGGAAGACACACACCAAUACGGUGCUGGAAAAUCCAUCGUGGCUACAAAAUCAAAAGGAACAUUUUUGUUUUUUAUUCUGGGCAACAGCAUUGCAUAUUAUACCUCUUUUUAUAUGAUCAUUUGGGUAACGUCUGGCUUUCCUGGGGAAUAUCUUUUGUCUUUGAUGUCAUUUUGCAUGUCAUUCAACUACAGUGGAUCCAUGCUUCACCUUGUACCAAGCGAUGACAGGAUUUCCUACAUGUUAGCAUGGCUAUGUAUAAUGUCUGGCUGCUUCGCACCAUUUGUUCCUAAUCUGCUGAGGCAUUUCCGAGCACAAAAAUAA